AUUUGUAUCAUUCUUCAAGAUUGAAGUCCACCAUUAUCUCCUAUAAUACAAUUCUCUCUCAUUUUAUAUUUCUGUUACCAUCACCUUUUGGACCAAUUGAUCUCUCAUUUGUUGCCACCCUCAUCAACAACACAAGGGUGACAAAGCAAUUAAUUCAAGGCAUGGAAGUUGUUGAGACUUGUGGAAAAGGAACUCUUUCUGCUGGAGAGCCUUCCACCAAACGUAGUAUUACAUCAAUUUAUGAUGAUGAAGAAGUAGUGGGCUUUGAGAAAGAUGCAGAAAUUAUAAUGAAGAAAUUGAUACGAGGAACAAAGGAACGGGAUGUUAUCUCCAUCUAUGGAAUGCCUGGACUUGGUAAAACAACUUUGGCAAGGAAGGUGUACAACAACCCCACUACUGUUAAUUACUUUGAUGUUAAAGCAUGGUGUGCUGUGUCGCAAACAUAUAAUAGGAGGGGAUUAUUGGUUGAGAUUUUCAAACAAGCAACAAGUAAUGAGAAUGAAAUCAAAGAGGAUGUUGACAUAGCUGACAUGUUGCGCAAGAGUCUAAUAGGCAGAAGAUACCUCAUUGUAUUAGAUGAUAUUUGGGAUGUCGAGGCAUGGGAAGAUUUGGGAAUAUGUUUCCCUGAAGGUGAAUAUGGAAGCAGAGUAAUGGUCACAACACGAAUUGAACAAGUGGCUAAGCAUCUUCAGGUCCACAGUGUUCCUUAUUCUCUUAGCUUUCUAACGUCCGAAGAGAGUUGGGAAUUAUUGGAGAAGAAGGUAUUUCGAGGAGAGAGUUGUCCCCCGGAUCUACUGGAAGCAGGGUUACAAGUUGCCCUACACUGUAAGGGAUUGCCUCUUGUGUCUGUUUCUCUGACGUUCUCAUUAAAUAGAGUCUUCAAGUCAGUUGGAUGGGAGAGGAAUUUUGUGUUCCCUUCAAAUCUUAGGCAUUUGAACCUUCGCGGCUGUUUCUUGACGGAAGAAAUGGUUUUAAACAUUGCAAGAUUGAAGAAGCUUGAGAGUCUCAAAUUACACAUGGGAUUUCCUUUUAUGAGAUUACAGAGGCUUCGGAACUGUUGCUGGAAUGUCACAAAUGUGGAGUUUCCUGCACUCAAAUACUUGGGAUUAUUCUUUGUGCAGAUAGAAGAAUGGAAAGCUUCAGAGGAAUCCUUUCCUGUGCUUGAGAAGCUAGUUAUAAGUGGAUGUUCCGAUUUCAAGGAGAUCCCCCCAAGCUUUGCGGAUAUUCCAACACUAAGACGUAUUGAACUGACUAACUGCAUCGACUCUCUAGGGGUUUCAGCUAUGAAUAUCAGAAGAGACAUUGAAGAAAACACAGGAUGUGACAGUCUCCAUGUUCUAAUUGUAAACCGAAUAUAA